AUGCGGAAAAAAGGACAUAUCACACCAGCGUGCAAAAGUACUAAGAAUAAAGCGAAAGUUCAUACGGUAGAAUGCGAUAGUGAAGAAGAACUAUAUAGAAUGAAUUCACAGUCGGAGGCUAGUAGUCGAAGCAUCAUUUGGAUAACUCCAAAAAUAGAAGGGAUAGAAGUUGAUAUGGAACUAGACACUGGUGCUGGAGUGUCUGUGGUAAAUAAGGAAGAUGUCAAGAAAUGGUGGCCUCAAGCCACUCUGCAUGAGACUGAUUUAAAGUUAAAGACAUAUAUUGGUGAAAUAAUCAAGCCAUGUGGUAUGUUAGAUGUAAAUGUUGAACUAGACGACCAACAAGCAGAACUGAAGCUAUACGUUGUCGCGAAAGGAAGUAGACCAAUUUUCGGGCGCGAAUGGCUCCGAUACCUGAAACUAAACUGGAGUGAGAUUAAGACGCUUCAACAAAGUUACAACUCAGGAAAUGUGGAAAAGCUAAUGAAAUCAAAGUAUGGGCAACUUUUUGACGGUGGUUUAGGGCAUGUUAAAGAUGUUAAGGCUACUUUGAAGUUGAAACAGGACGCUUCACCCCGCUUCAUGAAAGCUCGUCCAGUACCACUUGCGUUAAGAUCAAAGAUUGAGAAGGAGGUAGAAUCUCUAGUAGAAACAGGCGUCUUAGUAAAGGUUGACCACAGUGAUUGGGCUACACCAAUAGUUCCGGUACCCAAGUCUAACGGCGAUAUUAGAAUUUGCGGUGACUUCAAAGUGACUGUAAAUCCACAAUUAGAAGUUGAUCAAUACCCUUUACCGAGAGUCGAAGAUAUAUUCGCGUCGUUGGGGAACGGAAAAAAGUUUUCCAAGAUUGAUCUUAAAAACGCCUACUUGCAACUUGAAGUUGACGCAGAAAGUAAGAAACUCCUUACUAUUAACACUCAUAAAGGAUUGUUCCGUUAUAAUCGCUUGGUAUUCGGAGUCGCACCUGCAGCAGCCAUAUUUCAACGGUUGAUAGAACAGAUUGUGGGUGACAUACCUGGAGUGCAGGUUAUCUUAGAUGAUAUGAUCAUCACAGGUUCUACAGAUGAAGAACAUCUAGCCCACCUAGAAGAGGUACUACAGCGCUUAGAAAAAUAUGGGUUCAAGUUGAAUGUCCUGAAGUGCGCUUUCUUUCAGUCGCGAAUUGAAUUUUGUGGUCAUGAAAUUGAUGGUGAUGGGCUUCAUAAAACAGACGAGAAAGUGAAUGCCAUUGUGAAUGCACAGGUCACGAACUUAAAGGAACUUCGGUCAUUCCUUGGGUUAGUUCAAUAUUAUGCAAAAUUCCUGCCCAAUUUAGCUACAGUUCUACAUCCGUUACACCAACUCUUAAGAAAAGACAUGAAAUGGGUUUGGUCCAAAUCCUGUGAAGAGGCUGUGAAGAGGCUGUACAAGAAGUUAAACAGUUGA